GUCUCCCAAAAAUACGCUGGCAGUCUUCGGCUCCACCAAGAUCCCAGCCACAAUAUCCAUGCAAAGUAUGGCAAGCAAUUUAAAUGAAGACACAAACAUCAGUGAAAAAGAUAGUACAAGUAAAUGAAAUUAAUUUGUAGUAAAACAGAAAAAUACCUUGGGCUACACUGAAAAAAAUAUUGGAGGAGGGUCUGUGCGGGGCAGAGCACAGACUGCAUUGUGUGGCUAUGUGGGUUUUUAUUUUUACAAGUUAACUCAUGCUCAGUAGGAAUGCAAGCUUCAAACAAGUUUAAUGGUCAGAUUUCACAACAAAGGCCUUGAGUUCCAAAAUGUAUCUAUGACUGCAAAUAUGCCAUCUGGGGACUUUUAAGGCAUUCUUAAAUAAAGCUUAACUAAAGACAGGAGCAGGAUAGUGCGCUAGACUCAGUUCGUUCCACUCAUUUUUGUUUGCUUAUGUGAAAUAAAGUGGCUCUCUGUUUCCUCCUCUCUGCUCUGGUUUGUUCCUGGAGACUGGUCCAAGAGAGUAAACAAAUCUGUCAUUAGAGGAUAUCAGAAACGAAACUUAAGGCUGUCUUCUGCAUUUCUGUUAAUUGGGAAGAGGCCAGCAUGGCUGCUGCGGGUCCCAAGAAGCAGAUGUAUGGCGAAACCAUUUGUUGCCUCUGCUUGGAUCUCUUCACAGACCCUGUGCUAACAAACUGUAGGCACAAUUUUUGCCGCACUUGUAUCACCCAAUAUUGCCAGGAGUCUCUUGCACCUGUUUUGUGUCCUCAGUGCAGAGCAACAGUCCAGGUGAGGAACCUGAGGCCAAACCGACAACUAGCGCACAUUGUGGAAGCCAUCAGGAAAACCAAGAGGGGGAAAAAGCCAGCGGGGAGGAUAGGUGUGUGUAAGAAAUCCUUCUGCAAGGAUGAUCAAGUCCUCGUUUGUGUGGUGUGUGACACCUUCCUGAAGCACAGGGGGCAUGAUGUGGUUCCCAUGGAGGAGGCUGCCCAAGAAUACAAGGACAAGUUUGAAGCCCAGCUACAGUCUCUAGAGAAAAGGAGAACGAAGGCCAUUGAGCGGAAACUGGCUGAAGAGCAAAGGAAGCAAACAUUUCUGAUGCAGAUAGGUUUGGAGAAAGAAGAGAUCAGGUCUGCUUUUAAGAAAGUGCUGAAAUUUCUUAAGGUAAAAGAACGCCUUUGGCUGGACCAGCUGGGAGAACUAGAGAAAGAGACUGAGAAAAGCUGGGAAGAGAAUGUCACCAAUUUGUCACAGGAAAUUGGUCGUCUCAGUGGGUUGAUCUUGGAGAUGGAGGAAAAGUGCCAGCAGCCAACAACUAAAUUCCUGCAAGUACCAGAAGGGACAACUAAGACAGGUGGUUGAACUUUCUCCAGGGCCAGCAGAGAGACUUCAAAGUUACUUUCAGAAGAGCCAAGUUCUAAUAAAGGCCAUUGAA